AUGUCGAAGCGUUUCAACGAAGAGUGGCUUUGCGGGACGGAGUUGUCAAAUGCUCCCAUAGCAGGCGGAGCGCCCAUCCCGCACAUUCGCGAUGGCCUACAAGUACAACCUACGGGGCAUGAGAACAGUGGUGCAGGAAUAGUGGUGGUUUUGCCGUCUGUUUGUGCUGUGCGUGGUGUGCUGCCCCCAGGGAAAGGGAGUUGGUCUCCGACAAGAAUCAAAAUGGGCGAGUAUGGUGCCUCGGUGGAGGAGCUCCGCGCCCUCAUGGAGUACAGGGGUGCGGAAGCAAAAGAAAAGAUCGACGCCGACUAUGGCGGCAUCACGGGUUUAUGUGAACGGCUGAAAACCGACCCAAACAGCGGUAUACCGAAUACAUCUACCGAAUUGGAACGACGGCGUGCCGUAUUCGGUGCGAACGAAAUCCCACCACAUCCACCUAAAUGCUUUUUACAAUUAGUCUGGGAAGCUUUACAGGAUGUCACGUUGGUUAUUCUACUGGUAUCCGCCAUCGUAUCGUUAGCCUUGUCCUUUUAUCGACCGCCAGAAGAUCUAAAUGCUGUUGUUGAUGACAGUGAACAUGAGGCUGGAUGGAUUGAAGGAGUUGCUAUAUUGAUAUCCGUUAUUGUUGUAGUAUUAGUAACUGCUCUUAAUGACUACACCAAAGAGCGACAAUUCAGAGGACUGCAAGCUAAAAUCGAAACCGAGCACAAAUUUGCCGUUAUUCGAGGAGGGCAGUCGAUACAAGUUGUUGUUAAUGAACUAGUCGUUGGUGAUGUUGCUCAGAUUAAAUAUGGUGAUUUGCUGCCAGCUGAUGGUGUCCUGAUCCAGUCGAACGAUCUCAAAAUCGACGAGUCCUCCUUGACCGGAGAAUCAGAUCUGAUUCGAAAAGCGCCUGAACAUGAUCCAAUAAUACUCUCAGGAACACAUGUUAUGGAAGGAUCUGCAAAAAUGCUAAUCACGGCCGUAGGUGUGAACUCGCAGACGGGUAUCAUUAUGACACUUUUGGGAGCAGCAAAAUCGGUGGCUGAAGAAGAACGUAAAGCCGCUAAGAGAGAAGGUGAUGCUGUGCAAGAAACCGACGAAGGCACGGCUCAGGCAUUACUGGAUGUGAAAGCAGAUGGUGCAGAUGGCGUGGCGAAUGGGAAAGUAGUCGCCGAAGAGAACGGCAAAAAAGAACGAUCUGUCCUACAAGCUAAGCUCACCCGACUUGCUAUACAGAUUGGCUAUGCUGGAUCGUUUGUUGCUGGGUGUACUGUACUUAUCCUCGUCAUCCGCUUCUGCAUCUCCCGAUAUGCCAUCGAAGAGAAGUCGUUUUCCCUUGCUGAUUUUCAACACUUCAUCAAUUUCCUCAUCAUCGGAGUGACCGUACUGGUAGUAGCUGUACCUGAAGGAUUACCACUUGCUGUGACAUUGUCUCUUGCCUACUCAGUCAAGAAGAUGAUGUUGGAUAACAACUUGGUACGUCACUUGGAUGCAUGCGAAACCAUGGGUAACGCGACUUCUAUCUGCUCGGAUAAAACCGGAACGCUAACGACGAACAGAAUGACUGUAGUGCAGUCUUACAUCAAUGAUCAUCAUUACAAAGAGACGCCAAAGAUGGAACAGCUGGAUAAGGAGACGUUGGAUUUGAUGCUGCACUGUAUAGCAAUUAACAGUAGUUACUCUUCUCAGGUAGUUCCUGGAAAGCAGUUGGGAGAACAAGCCACGCAACUUGGUAACAAAACCGAAUGCGGUUUACUUGGCUUCGUUCUUGCAUUAGGAGCUAGCUAUCAAGAUAUUCGAGACAAGCAUCCAGAAGAAAGCAUCCCCAAGGUGUACACUUUCAACUCGGUUCGAAAAAGUAUGUCAACGGUUAUCAAUAGACCAAAUGGCGGAUAUCGUGUGUUCAGCAAAGGAGCAUCGGAGAUCAUCACGAAGAAGUGCAAAUGGUUCCUUGGAAAGAACGGACAGCUUACCAAAUUCGGCCCGAAAGACGCUGAGGCUUUGGUUCGCAAUGUUAUCGAACCUAUGGCGUCCGAUGGCCUGCGUACCAUUUGCCUAGCAUACAAGGACUACGUACCAGCUGGUGGUGCCGUUGGUGAGAAUCAGAUCGCUUACACCGGCGAAAUCGAUUGGGAUAACGAAGAUGCAAUAAUUAGCGAUAUGACUGCCAUAGCCAUCGUUGGUAUACAGGAUCCUGUGCGACCAGAGGUACCAGCCGCUAUUCUAAAAUGUCAAGAAGCUGGAAUCACCGUAAGAAUGGUCACUGGUGACAACAUCAACACUGCACGUUCGAUUGCAACUGCUUGUGGUAUCUUGAGACCUGGAGAGGAUUUCAUUGCACUUGAGGGCAAGGAAUUCAAUGCGAGAAUCCGUGAUGAGAACGGUGAUGUUUCGCAAGAAAAGCUGGAUCGUAUAUGGCCAAAAUUACGUGUACUAGCUCGUGCUCAACCCUCGGAUAAAUAUACUUUGGUGAAGGGUAUCAUCGAUUCUCGUGUGAGCGAUGCACGUGAGGUGGUCGCUGUAACCGGAGACGGAACAAAUGACGGUCCUGCACUCAAGAAAGCCGACGUUGGAUUUGCUAUGGGUAUUGCUGGAACUGACGUAGCCAAAGAAGCCUCCGAUAUCAUCCUCACGGAUGACAAUUUCACUUCCAUUGUUAAGGCAGUGAUGUGGGGACGUAACGUGUACGAUUCAAUCGCAAAAUUCCUCCAAUUUCAACUUACUGUAAACGUUGUAGCUGUCGUAGUAGCUUUUGUCGGUGCGUGUGCUAUUCAAGACACUCCAUUAAAGGCUGUACAAAUGCUUUGGGUAAAUCUCAUUAUGGACACACUUGCUUCGCUUGCUUUAGCUACUGAAAUGCCAACAGAAGAAUUGCUGAAAAGGAAGCCAUAUGGGCGUACUAGUCCUCUAAUUUCUCGCACGAUGAGCAAAAAUAUCCUCGGUCAUGCCGCAUAUCAGCUUGUAGUGUUGUUCGUGCUGAUUUUCUAUGGCGAAAAACUUUUCGAUAUUCCAUCCGGCCGUUGGGCUCCGCUUCACUCACCUCCUUCCAUUCAUUUCACCAUCGUAUUCAACACAUUUGUCAUGAUGACGCUGUUCAACGAGAUCAACGCGAGGAAAAUCCACGGAGAGAGGAAUGUCUUUUCCGGUUUAUUCUCAAAUCCGAUCUAUUACAUCAUUUGGAUAACCACAUUUGUGGCUCAAAUCCUCAUCGUCCAAUUUGGUGGUCGUUGGUUCAGUACAGCUGCAUUGAACGUCGAACAGUGGUUGUGGUGUUUGGCACUGGGUAUCGGCACACUGCUUUGGGGACAGCUUGUAACAUCCAUCCCCACUGGCAGUCUACCAGAAAACAUGACGAUAGGAUCUGGAGAAGCUCCAACGAGCGAUCCUUUGAUGCCAGACUACGAAGAUCCGGGUACGCAUGAAAGGCGUUCCGGACAGAUAUUGUGGGUGCGUGGUCUGACUCGACUGCAGACACAGUUGCGAGUGGUGAAAGCUUUCCGUUCGUCACUGGAAGAAUUCGACGAACGUCGCUCGAUCGCAUCCACACAUUCAGUGCAGUCUAUGCGCGGCUGGUCACGUUUGGCAUCCAGCCCCGAUCCAGCUGGAACUCGAGCAGCUUUAGCUGCACUAUCUCAUAGACAAUCUCCACAGCCAUACCCGUACUAUCACCAUCAACAACCACGAACUCCGUCUCCACAACCACAGAUCAUAGUAGAGAAUGGAGGAGGUGGUGGUGUCAGUUCGAAUGUAGCAUCGCCGACGGUAACGACCGCCAAUGUAAAACUGGAGAAAGUGCCUUUGGUGCAAAAAUGGUCACCGGACACGAAUUCGUCAUACUCGCAGCGCAUUACGAAGAGUAUGUCGUUGGAUACGCCGGUGAUUGGCGGCGAGCGCUCGGAUCAUCUUAUUCCCGUGCCGCUCAGCAGUGCGCCUACCGACCAAGCUAUUCGCGUCGUGAAAGCAUUCCAAGCUGGACUGGAUAGAAGAGAGCCAAGUCUGACUGGACAAUCUGCGGCUCGCCUUCGAGAAAUUAGCAGACAGUUAAGGCUACAAGUAGAAAGUGAAAGUCGAGCUCGCUCUGCUUCACGAGGCAACGUCAAAAGCGAUGCUAACAACACGGCGGUAUAAAUGGAUAUGGUAAUCGUCUCUCAUUGAUACUUGCAUUACAAAUUUUAUCUCGCGGAAUUUGUCUCAAUUGAUAUUGUUACUAGCUGUUAUUAGUUUAUCGUUUGAAAAACAUUUAUGAUAUUGAUAGCAUGCUCUAAAUAUGUCAUCGUACAUGCUCCUCUUUGCUUUGCCUCUUGAGUGUUCAUUUAUAAGUA